GAAUAAGCGUGUAAUUGAUCGCGAUUGGUCAGGAUAAACGGGUUUUCUUGUGUUGUUUCAAAAGAAGGUCUGUGUUUCGAAUACAGUAUGUUUACAGAUGUUAACAAUGUAUUAAACUUCUCAAAAGAGUUGCUGUCAAGCUCUCUGUCUGUAGGUAUUUGUGAAAACAAGUGCGAUAGUUCAUUUCUUUUCCAUCACUUCUUGUCAUUUUACCUGAAGAAUGAAUGCAAUGUGGUUUUCGUCAGUUUAUGUCAGUCCUUUGGGCAUUUCAAUUGUGUCAGUAGUAAACUCGGAAAUAACUUGACGAAGCUGAGAGAAGAAAAUAAGUUAAUAUUUGUUGAAGGUGUAAAAUCUCUGUCGCAGUGUUUCACUUAUAGCAAGGUUAAAGGCGAUAACCAAUGGCAGUCAUGCAUUCUUGCAAAUGGAGAGUUUUUAGUCACUGCUUUGUUCAACAUAUUAAAGAAACAUGUAGAAACUGCCCAGAAUGCUACAGGCUCUUCGCAUAAAACUGUGCUUGUUAUUGACAGUAUUUCUACCCUCCUAGAUGUUGGUGUCUCAGCCAGGGACACUUUGACACUAGUACAGUAUCUUAGGGUGUUGAUGACAGAUAUUAAAGGCCAUCUAAUACUAGGAUGUGCAGAAAACACCACUGAUGAACAUGCCUUGUUACUUUCUUCUUAUCUUUGUCAUUCAAUGGACUUAAAUAUACAAGUGCAUGGUCUACAAACUGGAUACUGUAGGGAUGUACAUGGGCAGUUGAUAACCAGAUGGUUACAACCCUUUUCAAGAGAGAAAACAGCAGUGAGAUCGUGGCAGUUCAAAUUAACUGAUAAAACAUGCGCUGUGUUUGCUGCUGGCAUGUCCUCAGCCGUUUUGUGAUUAUCAUGUAUUCUCCUGUGUAGCCCCUUUGUGAGGCUUUUAUUAUAUUAACAAUUGUGGGUUAUACAAUUCUUAAUUAGUGAUUGGAAGCAAUUGUUCUUUGAACACUUAUCAACACACCUCAAUCUCCUGACCUCAUGUUCACCUUCACGUUGACCUACUUUUAUUAUGCCCCCCUUCGAAGAAGAGGGGGUAUAUUGCUUUGCACAUGUCGGUCGGUCUGUCGGUCCGUCCACCAGAUGGUUUCCGGAUGAUAACUCAAGAACGCUUAGGCCUAGGAUCAUGAAACUUCAUAGAUAGAUUGAUCAUGACUCGCAGAUGACCCCUAUUGAUUUUCAGGUCACAAGGUCAAAGGUCAAGGUCACGGUGACCAGAAAUAGUAAAAUGGUUUCCGGAUGAUAACUCAAGAACGCUUAUGCCUAGGAUCAUGAAACUUGAUAAGUAGUUUGACCAUGACUGGCAGAUGACCCCUAUUGAUUUUCAGGUCACUACAGUACAGGCAACGUGUACUUUGACAAACGCCACUCGUCGCGGUGUUCAUUUUACGGUGUUCGCUUACCAAACGACCCCCGCGAUGGGUGUUCAGAUCAAAUAUUCGCGGGGGCCGUUUUCAAUAAGGUGGACACCGCGAAUCACCGCAGACCCAUUAUAUCUACCGCGGUGUUCAUCGUGUUCGCUAAAAAUAAAAUAAUUAAAUAUAAACGUAAAUUAUUGAUCCCUUUCAUUUAAAGCGGGUAUAUACGUUGUUGUCGAAUAUUUAUGAAUUUAUAUAAAAUGUGUAAUAAACUUAUUAUAUAUAUAUUUAAAUAUAAAUUAAAAUAAAAGUUAAGAAGAACGUGUCGAAAAAUGCGAAAUAAGCCAGAUAUUUAAUUCUGAAUUUUAAAACGGCUGUACAGCCGAAUUCGCUAGCAUGUAAACCAUACAUGUACGAUGUGAAUCUAAACUUAGUUUAACGGUUUAUUUGAAUUCCUGCAACGAUAUCUAUUCAUACGACACACGAACACUAACUUCGAUCCUAAUGCAAAGACGAAUGCUUCAGUUAUUGUAGGAAAAUAUGUACGUCACAAUCGACUCGGGGCGCUAAUUUGUGCGAUAUAUUUACUAAUUUUGAACUUCUUUCAAAGAUCUUAAAGAACGUUAUUUCAACAAACGAGUCCAGUGCUGAAAUGGAAGAAACCUGAAAGACACAAAAUAUAAUCUGUUAAAAUACAUGUGUAUAAUAUGAAUAGAAAAAACCAACAGUUUAAGAUUGCAGUCGUUGCAAUCGACAGUUGACAAUUUCUAAAUUUCGUAGCAUACUGAUGCAGUACGUUAUUUCAGACAGUACAGGCAGACGCAAAUAAAUAAAUUAUUUAAUACUCACUUUCUUUAUAACUCGAUAUGUGUUGUUAAAAAACGGCGAUUGAAUUGCUUAACACCAUACCAGUUAAUAGACUUGAUGAUCUAAGCGCUUUAUUUACGUUUCCGACUUUACGUGCUGUCCGAAUUUAAAGUGAUGGGCAUUUUGUUACUGUUGAAUUGAGCUGAAAAGAAACGGGUGAAAACAAUAAGUUAUAAUGAAUGUGGUAUCUGAAAUUAUCUACAACUCAUCUUGUUACCGGUUGUUUAUAAAAAAUAUAUAUUAUUUUCGAUAUGUUACAUGACUCACCCAUCCUUCUAAGCUGAAAUGAUCCGUAAAACCAAAUUGUGUCAUUGUGUCGUAUGAAAGAAUCUGCUAGAAAACUACAUUUAGACUCGCAUCGUACAUCGAUUCAUUUCUGUCGUAAGUUGUCAAAACGAAAGUACGGUUGAUAUUCAAAUGGAUUAUUUUUCUUUUCGGGAUAUUGUUUAAUUAUGUUGAUGCUGCAUUAACAAAUACAAGUGUAUAUCGAGCGAAAACACAAAAAAUAAACAACGGUUACGAUACACACCUACAUUGUAUGUUGCAAAUACUGUUAGUUGCCCAUAAUAUCACUUUAAGUACGCAUAAAUUUGCACAUACAUGAAGUUUAUUAUGUUCAUUUGUACAUUGUACAUGUACAUGUAAAUUUAAAACUCUUGAAUGACAAUCGCAGUCAGGUAUUACAUGUAUCAAUGGCCGCGCGGCAUUGCGGUGAUCACGGGUGUUCCAGUUAAUGAUAGCGUGCAAUUGCGGCGAUUUCAGGUGUUCGCCGAACACCGCGGUCAGUAGCGUGUCCGCCCCCCGCGAAAUGUCACCCAUCGGGAAAAUUGAACACCGCGGACACGCGUUUUUGUCAAAGUACACGUUGCCUGUACUGUAGGUCAAGGUCACGGUGACCCGAAAUAGUAAAAUGGUUUCCGGAUGAUAACUCAAGAACGCUUAUGCCUAGGAUCAUGAAACUUCAUAGGUACAUUGAUCAUGACUGGCAGAUGACCCCUAUUAAAUUAAGUUCAAAACAACCAAAUUUACCCUGAUGGGUUUACUUGUAUAUGUUGUAGAACAAAAAAUUGUCUUUGUGUCAUAGGAACAGAUCUGCGGGAAAUUGGGUAUCUCUGAGUAGUUUUCAUUUCUAGUUUACCUGAAUUAGUUUUCAACUCUACACAAGAAUAUUUUUUUGCAAAAGUAUACAAUUUUAAUUUUGUUGAUUUUCUGGAACCACUUCUUCUGAACUUAUGUUAUUGUUUUGUAUUUAUGAAUGUUUUAUGUUAAUCUGUUUUGAAAAAUAUUACGAUUGUAUGUAAUAUAUACUUGCUUCAA